CUCCUCUCAUCUUGCCAAUUGCUAAAACAGUGCGACUGACCAAACAAUAAGAGUUGAAAUGGAGGGUGCUAAAGGAGGAGUUGUAAAACACAUAUUGCUAGCAAAAUUCAAAGAUGGCAUUCCAUCAGACCAAAUUGAUCAACUGAUUAAACAAUAUGCUAAUCUUGUUAAUCUCAUUGAACCUAUGAAGGCUUUUCAUUGGGGUGAGAAUGUGAGCAUAGAGAACUACCACCAAGGUUUCACUCACGUUUUUGAGUCAACCUUCGACAGUACAGAAGGUGUUGCAGAGUAUAUAGACCAUCCAGCUCAUGUUGAAUAUGCAAACACAUUGAUUCCUCAGCUUGAGAAAGUCCUCGUCAUCGACUACAAACCAGAGAAACUCAGUCCCUAAACUGGGUUCACAAAUGGAUGCACAAGUUUUUACUUUUCUGUAGUGAAAUCCAAUAAGAAUGACAAACUUUUCUAAAGGGUGGAUCUCUUGUUUGUUUGAAACUAUUGUAUCGCUUGAUAGCCGCUAAUGCGAGUAACUUAUGGUCAGGUUGAAAUGUUAUCACAGUUUCAAGGGAGAACGGUCUUCUUUCUUCCUCUUUCCAGGGGAAAUGAAUGAUGAACAGCGUAAGUGCAUUAAUAAACUCAGAUUAGUAUUUC